AUAUAUAUUUUUUGUUUUUUAGGUGAUGAGGAGGAGCGUAGAUCAUUCCGAAAGAAAAAUAUACCGGUAAUUUUCCAAGAUGAGUUGGACGAGAAGCCUGAGAUCGGCAACAAAAGCCCAAUUAUAUUGAAGGACGAAAAGCCACCAUUGCUGCCACCAUCUUACAACACCUCCAAUAUGAAUGGUGAAAACGAUGUGGAUGAAUACGUACCACCGCCAGCUGUCGUGGUCGGCGGUCGUGAAGCGAGAGGGAAAUCACCAGCCACGCCUUCUUAUCGGAAACCGCCACCAUAUGUUUCGCCAUAAAUAUGUGAAUUAAGUGUCAAACAUU